GUUUCCGAAAUUACACAUGGCCCGGUUUUCCCCGAUGGCUUCACUAUAGCAAAAGUCGACCCACAAUCCAGCACCUUCCCCAUGUUCGGCUCGAGCGAGAACGACGCGCAAGAGCGACUUCUGCGCGCUCCGCUGAACCCGCAGCAGGCCGCGACGGGUAACGCCGGUAACCCUGGCAGCAUCCGCCAGCAGGAGAUCGGCACCGUCAGCGGCUUCACGUCGCUCUCGAACUUGUCGGCGCCUGCUACAUACUGGCAAAAGUGGGUAUCAUUUAGAAAUGAGAUUGGAUAAUCAAAACAUUAGCUGAUAGUGAUAUGGCGUUUCUAAAGGAUGAAGAUGAUGGAGGCUGCCACGCUCAUGCGCUACCUGCGUUAUGCCAACGUGGUGCUGGCGGUGCUGCAGGCCCUCGCGGGCUUUAUGGGGCUCUUCAACCUCGUAGUGCUGGACAUCACGUGCUUCCUCAUCUCUGUAUACGCCAUCAUAUUUGCUCUCUUGCUGUUGGCAUUCGAGUGCCGCUUCAAGCACAUGGAGCCAUGGAUCCGCCAGCAAUUCGGCUUCUUGUUCACAUACCGUGGACGAACUGCCUUCAUUUUUAUCGUGGGCUUCAUGGAUUUCGGCAUGGAAGGCUCGCUGCCUUACUUUGUGGGCUUCCUCAUGUGUGGUAACGCCUUCCUGAGUCUGCUCAUCAUGCUCUUCCACCCGCAGUUCCGUGAGGGAACGCUCGAUAUGGACAUGGACCCCACCGUUACGUACCGUCCUGCUGCCGAGGAGACGGAGACACUUCUGCGUCAACAUGAAGGUAUCGCGGCCAAGGCAGGUGCAUUCGUACUCCAUGAGGCCGAGGAACACCCGGAAUUCAUGGCCAAGAUGGCUCAGUCGUACGCUUCUAAGCAUGGCUACGUUCCUCCAGCGCAAAAGUAGGGACUUGGCUGCAUUUCCUUUUUCGACCGACGAGUUGUGCAUCGUGUGGCUCCUUCUCUUUCCUAUGUAUUGUUUAUAACUCCAUAACCACACUAAAUGCGUCAGUGACUCGAAGAUUGUCAUAUGAAAGAUUUUCACAGCUCAUAUAUUGUCUAGUCCAGUUGGUUUACUCGGU